AUGUCUAUAAAAUUGGUGAAUAGCUUCGCAAUAUCAUUCUACUUAAAGCCAAAGGCUCAAUCGGUAGUGGAGACAAGGUACAACGCAUUUUCACCUGGUAUUCACGUAGUUGCGGCUCAGCUGCCCUGUUCCGUCGCUUGGGGGCACGGACGCGUCGACGCGAUACUGGUGCUUAACACGGGCGGCGUAGACAUCAAUGCGAGCGGGCUGGCAGAUCCGCCAAUUUCCCAAGCGGUUGAGAGGGGCCACUUAGAAGCGGUGCGUCUCUUGGUUCAGCAGGACGGGCGUUUGCAGAUCAACCAGGACGCGAUGACGGCUUGCAAGACCAUCAUGCUCGCGGUGCCCGUCAUCCGCCGAAUCUUUUAG